GUUAGCGGCUGCUUGCCUUUAAAACACACAAAGGAGAAAGACGAAGAAGAAGAAGAAUGCGAUUCAGAAGAAGAAGAAGCGGAAGUGUUUUUUCUAUUUAGUUAAUUUGCGACGAUUCUCUGACUCUUUGUCGCCUUUACUGAUUACCAGGGUCCAACCCACAUCACAUCUACAAUGAACCUGGAACGAAUGCCCAAUGAGGAGAAACUUGGCCUAUGCCGAAAAUAUUAUUUAGGUGGCUUUGCAUUUCUGCCAUUCCUGUGGCUGGUGAAUGUUGUUUGGUUUUUUAAGGAGGCCUUUGUAAAGCCAAAUUACACUGAACAGCUCCAGAUCAAAACAUACGUAAAGCGGUCAGCACUGGGGUUGCUGUUAUGGGUUACAGUACUCACCACAUGGAUCACCAUUUUCCAGCACUUCAGAGCACAGUGGGGGGAGGUGGGAGAUUACCUCUCCUUCACAAUUCCACUGGGAAUUCCUUGAAACAUUUUUCUAUGUCAGGUCUUUUUAAAAAAAAAUAACUAAUGAUCCACUAAAUGGACCAAAGAAUUUUCCUUCUUUAAUGACAGUGAAAGAUUCUGCUGAUUUGUCUGGUCUCUGGAGAUAAAUUCAAUGGCUGAGUCACGUUAACAGAGUAAUUCCUUAUGUCUUCAAUGUGUUUUGUGCUUGCCAAGGCCUUUGAGGAAAUCCUUUUUUAGAGUAGGCUUAUUAAUCUUGUAUAGCAGACGAUGUUAACUGACAUGACAGUAUCUAACAGUAUAUCUAAUGAUGAAGCUGGGUGUGUUUUCAGGCUUGUUCACGACUUUGAACAAUUGAUUCAACAAACUUUUUUCUUGAGUUGCGGAAUUUAAUGUUUGUGAUCGUGCACCCCAAACAAUUUUUACUUGUGUAUGAAUGACGAAUAAAAAAAAAAAAAAAUAAUG